AUGGCCAAGUCGGCCAAGUCGGCCAACUCAGGUACUGCAGGGUCCGCAAGGUCGACUCGUGUUAGGAAGAAUUCCAAUAAGUCUGCGAAAACUCUAUCAGCUGCUGCUGCGGACUUGAAGAUUUCCGCCGGGAAGCUGAAGACGAUGUCGGUCGUCGCUCAGGUGAUCGGAGAAGGGCAGCUGAACGAGCUACCGCUGGAGGAAGUAGCUAGGCUAAAGAAAAAAGAGGGUAAGGAGGAGAAUCCCUCCGACUUGGUCCGUCACAGUGCAGCAAGAGAAGUGCAGUUUGACGAAGAACGCGGUCCCAGGUUUAUCUGCUACAGGGGCCCUCCAGAAUCACGUCCCCUUGUGCCUCUUGCGCUGGUUGAGAGCAGCUUCUUCAGCUUCCGUAUGAAUGCACGCGCGACGACUGAGGUGGAAGAGGUGGACAUUGAUACGGCUCAACAAUUGUGGAACCUGUGCUCUGUAGGCUGGGAUGAUGAAGUUACUCAGAUGACACCCGCCGUGAACAAACUCUUCCAGAGCUACCUCUGCCGCUUUGUGUCACGGACUGACAUAGAUGGCAAGCCAGGGGAUGGGGUGGUGGAGGGUCAGAUGGUUGUGUUUGAGCACAAGUUGCAGCCUGCGGAUGGCUACUUCCAGGGGCUGGAGUACUUGAGAAGGCGGUUCUUGUCCACUCGGGACACAGGAUUUCGGCAGCCGUAUGGUUUGCUCGUCUUGCUAGCAUGCCCCUACAUUCAAGCCGUGGCAGUUGUCAUGGAUUGGGAUACAGAGAAGGUGUUUGCGGAGCCGCUGACAAGUUUUGUCAACUGCUAUGGUGCACAAGAGUUUGAAGAUCUCAACUUGCUGGCGGCCACCCUGAGAGCUGUUCGUCUCUUUUGUGACCAGUAUGAUCCCAAAGCUCGUGUCCACCCCGCAGUGCCGUUCAUGUUCAGAGACAAGCCCAUACAGCAGCUGGAAGAAAGGCUGGUGUUUCUGCUGGAACCUACGAGACUCGCCAAGCUCACUCGGGUCUACUCCUCAGAAGCUCACAAGCUUUGGGCAAAGGCGAAUGUGGCACCAAGUCUUCACAGUGCUGUGGACAUUGGAGGUGGCUGGAUACAGGUUGAAAUGGUGUAUCUGCGGAAGGAGGAUGGAUGGCAGGAUGCAAAGCAGGUGGUUUCGGAUUGUGCACGAGAUCCCGCGUCUCUGAACAGGCUAACCGAGUGCAUCAAGGCUGCGGCUAUCAAGGGCCAUAAAACAGGGUACGUCCAUGGUGAUUUGAGGCUUCCCAAUAUCAAGCUCCGGUCUAGAGCUGAUGGCUCUUUUGACGUCAUGUUCAUUGAUUUCGACUGGGCUGGGAAGAUUGGCGAAGCUACGUAUCCGGCUGUACUGAGUCCUGAGCACGCUUGGCACCAGGACGCCAAGUAUAAGAAGCCGAUCGAACCAGAGCACGAUCUGCAUUUCGUCAACAACUUGGUGAGGCAGGUUUGA